AUGACAGCAGAAAACGAUGACAAUUCAGAUAUAACUCUCCGCUUGAUGGAUCUUGGUGACAUAGAUGAUUUCAUGGUGUGGGCUACAGAUGAUAAGGUGAGCCAGUUCUGCACAUGGAAAACAUGCACCUCUAAGGAAGAGGCAAUGACUUAUAUGAUCAACUCUGUCAUUCCUCAUCCGUGGAUGAGAGCGAUAUGUCUUAAGAACCGCGCCAUAGGUUACAUUAUGCUGACAGCAUUUGAAGGAAAUGAUGCAUGCAGAUGUGAAGUUGGAUAUGUGCUAGCUUCAAAGUACUGGGGAAAAGGGAUCGCCACAAGGGCACUGAAAAUGGUAGCUUCAACUGUUUUUUGCGAGUGGACACAUUUGGAGAGGCUUGAUGCUUGGGUUGAUCAAGAUAAUUUGGGAUCACAGAGAGUGCUGGUGAAAGCUGGAUUUCAGAAGGAAGGUGUUCUCAGAAAGUAUAUGCUGAUCAAGGGAAAGCCGAGAGAUAUGGUUGUUUUUAGUCUCCUGUCCACUGAUCCACACGUUAACUAAAAUGCAAACUCUAAUCUUGAUCUCUGUUUAUUUUUAUUCAUGUUGACUGUUGAGAUGUAAUUUUUGAGUUAUAAAUUGCAGUUCUUUGUGAUCCA